AUUUGAGUUACUUUAUUAAAGACCUGUUAAUUUAGUGGGGACACGAUGUACAUAGGGGCGGAAAAAUUAUAUAUAGCGGAUAGAAAACUUUGAAGUGUGCGUUCACAAGAGGAAGAGAGUUUGAGGCGAUGGAGAGUGCAAAGGCAGCCGUGCCAAUGUUCUCGCAUGCACGCAACACAAAACAAUGGUUUCCAUUAGAUCCGAAGCACCAGGUUUUAUGUACAAGCAAAGAGAGGAAAGCUCACGGUGCUUCCACAAAGAAUUUAGCAUCAAUGCGUGUGUGUUGUGAGAAUAGAGAAGACGGUCGCAUGGAAAUGGACCGCCGGCGGCUGCUGUUAUCGUCGUCGACAUUGAGCGUUACGGCUUUAAGUAGCGGGAAGGCCAUGUCCAAACCAUUUCCGGCGCCUGAUCUGUCUACGUGUACGUACCCAACUGAUCUUCCGACUUGCGCAACGGUAAAUGGCGGGUGCUGUCCUCCAUUCAAGGCGGGAGAAACUGCCGUAGACUUCAAAUUUCCGACGUCUCUCCCAAUGAGGACGCGUAAAGCGGCGCACCUGCUGGACGACAAGUUCAUCGAAAAGUACGAUAAGGCAUUGACGGCAAUGAAGAAGCUCCCCUUAGAUGACCCUCGGAGUUUUGUCCAGCAAGGCAGAGUGCACUGCGCAUAUUGCAACGGAGGCUACAAGGUGGGAUCAGAUAACGUGCAGGUUCACAAGUCGUGGGUCUUUGCGCCUUUCCAUCGCUGGUAUCUCUAUUUCUACGAGCGCAUUUUGGCAUCUCUCAUCCAAGACGAUACCUUUGCGCUGCCAUUCUGGAACUGGGACACCAAGGAAGGGAUGUCGAUUCCCCCCAUCUACAUCAACAAGUGCAGCUCCUUGUACGACAAUAACAGGGAUCCAUGUCACCAGCCUCCCACGCUUAUCAAUCUGGCGGCCACAACCAGCUGUGACUCAGGCGUUGUGGAGGCCAAUUAUGCUAACAUCUAUAACCACAUGGUGUCAGGUGCGGAAACGGCGGAGCUCUUCCACGUUGCGACUAUUCGGUUCGAGUCCGCUGAACCGACAACAUUGACGGCGGGAGCGCUGGAAGCUUCUCCGCAUAAUUCUCUGCACCUCUGGACCGGCUCUUCCAGUAACCCAAACCGUGAAGACAUGGGCAGCUUAUACUCGUCAGGAAAAGAUUCCCUGUUCUAUUCCCACCACUCCAAUGUGGACCGCAUGUGGUUCAUCUGGAAUGAUAAAUUGGGCAAAAAGAACUUCGAGGACAAAGACCUUUUGGAGACAGAGUUUCUGUUCUACGAUGAGAAUAAGAAGCUUAUAAAGGUUAAAGCCGGAGACUGUUAUGAUAUAAGCAAGCUUAGGUAUCAAUACCAGGAAGUAGAGCUCCCCUGGUUGAAGCAGGGGCGGUCAUUGAAGAAGGCCGGAAAGGUCAUUCCUAAGCCUAAAACAUCCACGUUUGAAACGGCUGUCGCUAAGAAGCCCAAGAAUCUGUCGUCUCCUUUGACGUUUAAGGUUGAGAGGCCGAACAAGAGUCUUGGGAAAGGGCAGGUGGAGGCUCUUCGAAUUGAGGGACUGGAGACUGACAGAAAGGGGUUUUCAGGGUUCGAAAUAUUCAUAAAUUAUCCUGAAGCCAACUCCAGCACUCCCUUUAAUAGCCCCCAUUAUGUGGGUUCCUUUACGAGUCUUGGGCACGGCAUCAUGGCAGAAGAAUCUAUGAAGUCAAUGACUACUAAGGAGAUUUUCAAGAUGGCGAUUUCUGAGACGCUGGAAGAUUUGGGCGUAGAGAAUGACGAUGAAAUACUCGUUACGCUCGUCCCAAAGCCGGCCAAAGAUUUGCGUACGAUUCCCAUUACUUUUACUUCUAUAAAGAUUGAGUAUCUUAGCAAGUAAUAUCAGAAAAAGAGGGUUACUCCCUUACCCACUUUCCUAUCAUUCUAGUAGUAUAUUAGCAUAGUCCAGCCUAGAUCUUUACCCUAGGUAAUAUCAUUUAGGAUGGGGAUUAGUUUCUAUGGAUAGGAUUUUUAUAUAAGGUGUAAUAUUUUCUUAUAUGAAAUGUUCAAUUUGAUAUUGUUACACUAUUAAAAAAAAAAAUCUUUAGUAUUUACGUUUAUGGUGACGAUUUCAAAUAUACUAUUUUUACUAGUUUUUUA